GGGCCUGUAGCUGGGGACAGUGAGGAAGAAUGAAGCCAUCCUGGCUGCAAUGUCGCAAAGUAACAGGCGCCGGGACGCUUGCGGCGCCCCUGCCAGGGUCCCCUUCAGCAAGAGGAGCCAGUGCAGCCCGAAGGGCUUUGGUGGCGGGUCUUGGGGCCCGGGGCUGCAGGGCCCUGGCCACCUGCAAUGGUGGCGAGUACAAGACCCAUUUCGCAGCCUCUGUGGCCGACCCUGAGAGAUUCUGGGGUAAAGCUGCUGAGCAGAUCAGUUGGUACAAGCCCUGGACCAAAACGCUAGACAGCAGAUAUCCGCCUUCCACUAGUUGGUUUGUGGAAGGGAUGCUCAAUAUUUGUUACAAUGCUAUUGAUCGGCACAUUGAAAAUGGCCAAGGGGAUAAGACUGCAAUCAUCUAUGACAGUCCUGUCACAAACACUAAAGCAACUAUCACCUAUAAGGAAGUCUUGGAGCAGGUCUCUAGGCUGGCUGGUGUCUUGGUCAAGCAGGGUGUCAAGAAAGGUGACACUGUGGUCAUCUAUAUGCCCAUGAUCCCACAAGCAAUAUAUACCAUGCUGGCAUGUGCAAGGAUAGGAGCCAUCCACAGCCUCAUAUUUGGAGGGUUUGCAUCCAAAGAACUAAGUACCCGCAUUGACCAUGCAAAGCCCAAGUUGGUGGUGACGGCAUCAUUUGGCAUUGAACCUGGGCGAAAAGUAGAAUACAUCCCGCUUAUAGAAGAAGCCCUGAGAAUGGGGCAGCACAGACCCGACAGGGUUCUCAUUUACAAUCGUCCAAAUAUGGAGAAAGUUCCUUUGAAGCCAGAUCGUGAUCUUGAUUGGGAAGAAGAAAUGGCCAAAGCCCAGUCACAUGACUGUGUGCCUGUCCUCUCGGAGCACCCGUUGUAUAUUCUCUACACCUCUGGGACAACAGGGCUGCCUAAGGGUGUGGUUAGACCCACUGGGGGAUAUGCUGUGAUGCUGAACUGGACAAUGUCUUCCAUAUACGGCCUCAAACCUGGAGAGGUGUGGUGGGCAGCCUCUGAUUUAGGCUGGGUUGUUGGACAUUCCUAUAUUUGCUAUGGGCCUCUUCUCCAUGGAAACACAACGGUUUUAUAUGAGGGAAAGCCUGUGGGAACACCAGAUGCUGGCGCUUAUUUCCGCGUGCUUGCAGAGCAUGGAGUGGCUGCCUUGUUUACAGCACCGACUGCAAUUAGAGCCAUCCGUCAACAGGACCCUGGGGCAGCUUUGGGGAAGCAGUACUCUUUGACAAGGUUCAAGACACUGUUUGUGGCGGGGGAAAGGUGUGAUGUGGAGACCCUAGAAUGGUCCAAAAAGGUCUUCAGAGUCCCUGUUCUAGACCACUGGUGGCAAACAGAGACUGGAUCCCCAAUAACAGCGUCAUGUAUUGGAUUGGGUAACUCCAAAACACCUCCACCAGGGCAAGCAGGAAAAUGUGUUCCAGGAUACAAUGUUAUGAUUUUGGAUGACAACAUGCAAAAACUGAAGGCUCGGAGCUUAGGAAAUAUUGUGGUAAAGUUGCCGUUACCACCUGGGGCUUUUUCAGGACUCUGGAAGAAUCAGGAAGCUUUCAAACAUUUAUACUUUGAGAAAUUUCCUGGAUACUAUGACACUAUGGACGCCGGCUACAUGGAUGAGGAAGGUUACCUAUAUGUUAUGUCUCGGGUGGAUGAUGUAAUAAAUGUUGCAGGCCACAGGAUUUCUGCAGGUGCUAUUGAAGAGUCAGUCCUUUCACAUGGCACUGUUGCUGACUGUGCUGUGGUUGGCAAAGAAGACCCUUUGAAAGGUCAUGUUCCUUUAGCCCUCUGCGUGUUGAAGAAAGAUAUAAAUGCAACAGAAGAACAAGUCUUGGAAGAAAUCGUGAAACAUGUUAGGCAGAGCAUUGGCCCUGUGGCUGCUUUUCGGAAUGCAGUUUUUGUCAAGCAGUUACCCAAAACGAGGUCUGGCAAAAUUCCACGGUCUACGCUGUCUGCCUUGGUCAAUGGCAAGCCUUAUAAGGUAACGCCUACUAUUGAGGACCCCAGCAUUUUUGGUCACAUAGAAGAAGUGCUGAGGCAGAGCUUGUGAUUUUUAUUUACUACGUCCAGUCAGUCUGUCUUCAUCUUAUAGCUGGAUUUAAGUUGUUUAUUUUCUAUAAGUAAACACUUAAAAUUUCAUUUUUAACUCAAAUGUGAGCCUUAGAUUUAAAUCAGUCUAAUAACCCAUGAAAAGGCUGUAUUUUAUGUUAUGUUAUGUCAUGUGAGCCAGUUCAUAUUGUUACCUCUUUCCUGUAAUGUGGAUCAUUAUAUGCUAUCUUGCAUGUUAAGGAAUAUGUCUUUAGUGUACAUUUUUAUAAAUUCAUGUGCCUUACAAACACAUUUCAAUUGAAAACAUCUGUAAUAUCAGCCACACUUUGAUCAAAAUCUAAAUUCAAAUCAAGGUAAAAUAUAAUUUACACUGUUACUAUGGAACCUCAAAUGUUUAACAUUUUUAAGAUGACUAACUUGUUUACAGGUAAUCAUCUAAAGACGAUUGUGUAAGCAACACAGGGCCCAGAAUGGAGCAGUGCUGCUUGGUUCUCUAGCAACACAGGGCCUCAGAAUGGAGUACCAUUUCUAGGUUUUCUGUGACUGCGUAAGGGGAGGCAUAUGUCUGGCAGAGAAACUAGACAGUUUUCCACCAAACCUGUUGUAGAAUGAAGGCUCCUCAAAUCCCAUGCCCGAGUUGAUUGUGUCUGUCUUGAUGCCUGCAUCUACCAAUAGCCUCAAGGAAAUGGCAUAGAAAUGGAAUGGAAUGGCAAAAAAAAUAUUUAAAAAAAAUAGGGAAGUUUUAAUCUUGUUCUAAAAAUCAGGAGACUUUCUAGAUAAUCUCAAUGAGUUUCCCCAUUUUGUUUUGUUUUUUCUUUUCCUUUUUUUUUUUUUUUUUUUUUUUUUUGACAAGGUGACAUGUCUCCUAGGUUGGCUUCACAUUUACUAUAUGAGUGUGUCUGUCUUGGAAACCCUGGUCCUCUAACUCUUGGUUGCUUGGAUACUAUCAUACUGAAUUCCAAGCCGGGCGUUGGUGGCGCACGCCUUUAAUCCCAGCACUCGGGAGGCAGAGGCAGGCGAAUCUCUGUGAGUUCAAGUCCAGCCUGGUCUACAAGAGGCUAGUUCCAGGACAGGCUCCAAAACCACAGAAAAAAACCUGUCUCGAAAAACCAAAAAAAAAAAAAAAAAAAAAAAAAUUAGCAUUUUUUUUCUCUUAUGGGAUUGAACCCAGAGACAAGCACUCUUUCACUGAGCUAUACUCUAGGAUAUCAAUGAAUUUAUGGUGUGGCCUUGAGCCAUAUAUCCCAACAAGGGAUUUUAAAGAAAAAUAUGAAGCCUUAAGUACUGGAAAUCAUGUGUUCCAUUGAGGCGUCAGCCGUAUCAGUCCCCAGAUAAAUAUGGCUCAGGAGAGAGACUGCACGCACGAACCUCUGGGUUUCAAGAGAACCCCAAAUGUCUACAUUUAUUGUAAGUUUUUACUUUGAAUAAAUGUUAACUCAUUUACAAAUUAUGCUCUAACAUUUAUUUCCAUCUACACUUCUAUAAAAUGAUUGAGCCCUUUCAAAAACAUUAAAACGAGCCUUUAAUAAGGUUAUAGAAGUAUAUCCAUCAACAAGAGUAGAAAUAAUUAAUUAGCUUAGAGCUCUACAUGUAUUAUUCAUCAGAGCAUACAUUUAAAUCCAAAGAGUAUACUGUGAUCAUUGAAUCAUUGAGAGCUUUCGGAAUAAUUUCUCAAUUCUUCAGUUUUUGGGAAAUAUUAUUAUGAAGAGCCCAAUGUUCUAACAAUGUUCAAAUACACGAAAUGCAGGUGGAAAGCAACAAAUUAGAAUUUACCUGUCAUAAAAUAAUAUGUAUUUUUUAUAAAAGCUCUCCUUUAGGCCUCUUUGGACUACUGCAUAGAUGAUAAGUGACUUCUCAAAGGAAACUUUUACUGAUUAAACUACCUUCUUCGUUGGUAAAUCUGAAAACAAUAUCUUUAGCUUUUUAAUUGUUUUGGUACCAUGAGUUAAACCAACUGGAUAUACAUAUUAUUACUGGGAACUUUUCAGUUCCUUGAAUUUCCCAUUACCUGUGUAAAUUCUAUACAUUAUCAAGACUAUAGGGUUAAAAAUCAUUAUUAUUUUUAAUAUGUUGGCAUUAUGACACAGUUCAUUAUUUUUCCCCAGUUGAGUCAGAUAUUUUAACUGAAUUCAUCAUUUUUUGUUUGCAAGUUACAAUCUAACUUGUAACUUUUUGGGGAGAAAAUUAAAUGACUUCUUAUUUUAAAUCUAAGGACUGAAGAAGGAUUUUUAUCUUCAGAUCAUUUGUAGAUAUUCCUCUUUAACAGAUCUAAAGGACCUCGGCAAACAGGCCUGCAUUACUUUCCAAUUGUGGGAAUCUAAGAACAAAACACAAAUAAGCAAAAAAAAAAAAAAGCCAAGUGCAUUACACUUUGGAUGGAGCUGUUUCUUAUAUUUCAGUGAGGAACUUCUUCACUCCAGUCCAGAGACAGUGGUCACAUUCUUGUGGCUGAAAUGGAGAAAUGAAAUAUAUAACAUACACAUCAGACAGUUUACAAUUUGGGGAGAAAAUUAAAUGACUUCUUAUUUUAAAUCUCACUAUAAUACUUUUUUUUUGCCAAAUUUCAGCUGAAGCUUUUUGAAUUGGGUGUGUCUUUGAUAGCAAUAAUACAAUCUAAAAAACUGUGACUAUACUUCUAUUUACCUAAAUUUGUUCUGUGUGAUCUUGUAUUUUAUGAAAUUUUUAAAUUUGUAAAACAUU